UAGCAGUGAGCUCUAUUGAAACGAUUGUAGGGUACUAAGGGCAAUUUCGCUCACAAUUGUUUAUAAACUAAUACAAUUAAUGUAACUUGAAUCAGUUGCGAUUAAUUAUCACAAGUAUCAAUUACUUCGUUGUAAAAUUUCAAACAAAAUAUAAGUAAGAUGUCCUACAAAGUGGAACAACUACCCGACUCCUAUGGAUUUCUCGGUGAGGGUCCCCAUUGGGAUAUUGAAACGCAAAGUCUUUACUUUGUCGAUAUUAAAAAUGCGACAUUGCUGCGCUAUGAUUACAAAGAGAAUAAAACCUAUAGCGCUAAAGUAGAGAAUGAAGAACUCACUUCCUUUAUUAUACCAGUCGAAAAUGAGUUUGGAAAAUUUGCUGUAGGUUGUGGACAUCGUGUGGUUAUCGUAGCUUGGGAUGGUAAAGCGCCGAUUGCAAAAGUGGAACGUAUUGCUUAUACACUGCAACAAGGCAAUGAGGUGUGUAAACAUCGUUUCAACGAUGGUAAAGCCGAUCCACGUGAUCGUCUCUUUGCUGGUACAAUGUAUGGUGAAAAUAAAGAGUGGAAGCGUUGUGGUAAAUUGUAUCGAUUUGAGAGAGGACAGCCCAUGGCAGUUGUAAGAUCUGAAGUGACCAUUUCCAAUGGUUUGGCAUGGAAUGAAAAGACCAAUAAGUUCUAUUAUAUUGACUCGAUGGAUUAUGAAGUUACCGAAUAUGAUUAUGAUUUCGAUACGGGUGUGGCUAUUAAUCCUAAAGAGGUCUUCAAGCAUGCGGAACAUUUACCAGAUGGCAUGACUAUUGAUACAGAUGGAAAUAUUUAUAUUGCCACAUUUACGGGUCAUACUGUCUAUAAAGUUAAUCCAAGUACUAGAGAAAUUUUACUGGAGAUUAAAUUGCCAACCAAGCAAGUGACUUCUGUGGCAUUUGGUGGACCAGAUUUGGAUAUUUUAUUUGUAACUAGCUCGUCGUAUUCUGAUGAACCGCCACCAGCUGGAUUUACAUUUAAGGUUACUGGUUUGGGUGCUAAAGGGUUGCCAAUGACGAAAGUGUAAAUUUAAAAGCGAAAUAUCUAUGAGUUUGAUUAGGGUGAAGGAAAUUCGUAUUCGUAAAGACUAAGAGCACAAUUGAAAUUAUCUACAGCUUUAUGUGAUAAUAAAUAUAUAAUCAUAAUUUCAGAAA